CCAGGGAACGGCGCGUAUCCCAAGCGAGCUCAAGCUUCCCCGGGGCUCCGGUCUCUGUGAGCUUUACCCAAUAAGAGCGGAGAGACGGCGGGCUGUCAACAUUCCUAUCGCCCCUCUCUCUCUCUCCCCCCGUCGCCCACCCCUUCGGUCUGCAGUUCGCACAGUUCAUCGCCCCGGUUUAUCUCGCGCAGUCUGCUAUCAGCGCUCGCAGACUCCAAUGGAAAAACGGAGAGGCGCGUGUUUCACAGCCCUGCCUGAACGCAAAACGUGGGGAGAAAAAGUGGAAAAGUUGGCACUCUUGCUGAUCAAAUUGCACCUCACCGAGACUUCAUCUGUUCUCAAGAGGAGGUGAAAAAAAAGAAAAGAAAGCGCUCUCUGAACCUGCCGUCUGGCUUGGAUUAUUUCUGCUGCGGUUGCCAGAUCUCGGGGAAUACUUUUAUAUGGCACACGCUAAUAUCCGGGCAGAUACAUGAUAUCCGUCCGUGCAUCGUCCGCACGGAACUCCGUACAUCUGUCCAGCUAUCAGAAAUCCAAACUUCAGCAGGUCCUCGCAGAUCUAAACGUUCUUUACACCCGUUUCCUACAGUACAGAAUCGUGUUUUCUUAUCACCGCUGGAGGACACGCUCAACUAUGUUUGGCUGCGGUAAAGUUCUUGGGUCGCCCCGGAUUCUCAACAGAUCUACCGCUGCUCCCGGGGGCUCGGGAUUAAGACACAUAAUCAGAAACAGCGCAGGCUCAUCCUACGGUCCCCGUGCGUCCUCGAGGUUGUGCUGCGCGUUCCUGUUACUCCUGCUCAUCCUCACGCCGCGCGUGGACUCGUCCUGGUGGUAUAUUGGAGCCCUUGGUGCACGUGUGAUCUGUGACAAUAUUCCCGGGCUGGUGAAUAAACAGAGACAGUUGUGUCAGAAGUAUCCAGACAUCAUGCAGUCGAUCGGUGGCGGGGCUAAAGAGUGGAUUCGAGAGUGCCAGCAUCAAUUCCGCCAUCACCGCUGGAACUGCAGCGCUCUGGACAGAGACCAUACUGUUUUUGGAAGAGUCAUACAGCGCAGCAGUCGUGAGGCGGCGUUCGUAUAUGCGAUCUCCUCGGCGGGAGUGGUUUUCGCUAUUACCCGUGCCUGCAGUCAGGGGGACCUAAAGUCGUGCAACUGUGAUCCCCACAAGCGUGGCCGGGCCAGCGACGAACGAGGAGAGUUUGACUGGGGUGGCUGCAGUGAUAACAUCAACUAUGGAAUAAAGUUCGCCAAAGCCUUCGUAGAUGCAAAAGAGCGAACAGUGAAAGACGCACGAGCACUCAUGAACCUUCAUAACAACCGCUGUGGCAGAAUGGCUGUAAAACGGUUUAUGAAGCUGGAGUGUAAAUGUCAUGGAGUCAGUGGGUCAUGCACUCUGAGAACCUGCUGGUUGGCAAUGUCAGAUUUCCGUAAAACAGGAGAUUACCUUCGCAAAAAAUACAACGGAGCCAUCGAGGUCACCAUGAACCAAGAUGGGACAGGAUUCACAGUAGCCAAUAAAGACUUCAGGAAAGCCACAAAAAAUGACUUGGUGUACUUCGAAACCUCACCUGAUUACUGCCUCAUGGACAAAGCUGCAGGUUCAUUGGGAACUGCUGGUCGGGUCUGUAACAAGACAUCCCGGGGGACCGACGGCUGCGAGGUCAUGUGUUGCGGACGGGGCUACGACACCACACGCGUAAAACGCAUCACCAAGUGUGAGUGUAAGUUUAAGUGGUGUUGCGCCGUCGAGUGCAAAGACUGCGAGGAGGCUGUCGACAUUCACACCUGCAAAGCUCCUAAACGUGCCGAAUGGCUGGACCAGACCUGAGACACCCCCACUUCCUCCCGUUCCUCAGGAUUUUGUCCACGGCAAUCUGGGAUAUGAAGUCCAUCCCUUGCGAUUUGUACCCCUCCCCCAAUCCCUCUUCUUUGUUGCAUGGCUUUAUUUGAACUUAUUUUGUGAAAGCACUACAACUGAAAUCUACAUUUCUCAUGAGCGCCUUGCACACUUUGCCCGAUAUGGCAGAUGUAUCUCUCUUUCUUCUUCUCUCUCUUUUUUUUGUUGUUGUUGUUGUUUUGAAUUGAUCGGAGGAUGGUAAAGGUUUAGGAUUCAAGAACAACCUGUGCUGUAACGUGUUGGUAUAUAUAUAUAUAUAUAUAUAUAUAUAUAUAUAUAUAUAUUUUGUUUCGUUUUUGACGUGAGAGUUUUGUUCUAUGAGUGUUGUUUUGUGACAAAAGGUGUGCUGCUUUUAAAAUAAUAUUUUAAACUGACUCUGAGCCCAUCAGAUAUUAUCAUGGCAAAUAGCUGAAUAUGUACAUCACAUGUUAUUGACAACACAGCCGUGUACUUCACAUACAUCACGUGCCCAUACUGGACUACAGUAUUUUACUCUGACUAUUGGUACCGAAUAUAACAUAACGAAUGAGGCUGGUCAGAGGGACUCAAGAGGACAAAAUGGAUGACAGCUAUGUGGGCUGCUCACUCCACAUGGAGCCCUAACAGAGAGUUUCUCUGGAAGCUACAGAGGCGUUUGGAAGGGUUAGAUGUAAUAUUAAUAAUAUAAAUGAGCAUGCACUAAGGACAUUAGCUAACAGUUGAGCGUAAAUGACAUGUUAUUAUAAAACUCAUCAUUGCCUGUGUAAACAAGAAGAAUGGUGUUAACAGCUGUGACUGGUAGAGGUGUAAGCUCUCAUUAGCUCUCCUGUGCUGUGGUACUUGUUAACUGUGUAAUUAUUUUUUCAGCAAAAGUUCAUAUAAAGACAUUAAGUAAGACAUAAA